AUGGAGAAAAGUGGAAACUUCUUGUUGAACAAGAAAGAAAAAGAUCAAUCGUCAAAUAAAACGAAUGUAAUGAAUGAAUCGUUAAGUCAGAAAGUGACUGAAACCACUUCUGACCUACUUAUUUCACUUGCAAAUGAACCUUCACUGGCUUAUUUCCAUAUUCAAGAACAUAUUAGAAAAUCAGUUCCAGAAAUCUUGAAAUACCAAUUGAAAGUCGAACAAUUAGAUUCACAAUUACGCGGUUCUUGUUAUGAUCUUGACUAUGCACUUGAUAAUGUUAGAAGUAUCUCAAAAGCUACAGUACAUUUUAACCGGAUUAACGAGCUCUUGAAGUCGAGCUUAUUUGCUAAACUUCAGUUGGAUUAUGCACGCAUGAACGCUCCACCAGUUGAAGUAGGCAUCGAUCUUGUCUCAUGGGAUCUAAAUGAUGAAGAACUGUUAAGUUUAAGUCAUAAAGAGCCACAAAAACGAAGACCAACUCAAUGCAACCAAGAUGUACACACUGACGUUUCUUUCCAAAACAAAUGCACAGAGAUCCCUACAAACUCACGAACACUAAGCCACAUAUCCAGCACAGUGUCGACAGCAGCUGUACAAGUACGUGAUCAAGCUAUCAAUUUAACCAGGAGAGUUUUGUGGACACAAAGUGCCGAUGUAUCUUACUCUAUCAUCUCACCCAUUUCAUCUGAUUCUAAAAUCACUAACUCCUCGAGUUCAUUUGAUGAGAAACCAAAGUUUUUGGAAGCCUAA